AAAUUAUACAACCACGAAACUUUAAUCCUGGAAAUCGAGCGAACGGUGGUGUUCCGGUUGCGAUCCGCACUCUAAUGGAUCGGCGAGAUCCAAGCCCUUUGAUUCCUUGUGUUUCGUUCUGGGUAUCGCGGACAAGCGGCUGUAUCAGUUAAUUAAGUAGCUAAAAGGAUCAGUCUUCAACUUUGAGAAAGGAUUUGAAGUCUACCCUCAAGAGAUGUUUAGCAUGAUAUGCUGAUUUUGUUCUGUAAUUUUGAAUGCCCUUGGAACAAUGGAAGAGCAAGACACAUGGAUCUCAUAAGCCUAAGGAUAGAGGUGAAGAUGGUGUGGGGAAUGUAGGCCCAGUGAGAGGGAAAGAAGAAAAGAAACAAGGAUUAAAGUGUUGCUUUUGAUUGGAACAUUCAGACUAAGUGUCACACUUGAAGGUGACAUUUCCCAGCCAAGUGAAGUGGUCUUCUUACUGGUGCGAGACGCAAUGGCAUCAGAGGUUGUUGGUUUAGGGCCUUGAUAAUAAAGAACACACAGGGAUGAGGUUGAGGUCCAGUACCAAAAUGCAGAUGAUGAAUCUAAAAAGCUAGAGGAGUGGUUUUUGGCAUCUCGGGUUACUGCUAAUGAUCAUCUGCGUCUUAGAAACCCAUGACAGAAAAUGAUGUAUGGGCUGUUGGUAUUGGUAUGCAUGUGGAUGUGUGGUGGUGUGAUGGGAUCUUUCUUUUGGUGAAAAGAAAAUUUCUGAUUUUAGGCAAUCUUUGGAAUGGUCAGCUGAUGAGUGGGUACACAAAACCAAAAUCUGAUCUCGUGAGUUGUGUCCUAUCCUUGAUGAAGAAGAAAGAAGUCGAAGUGAAACAUGAUGAGAAGCAAUCUGAAGUGUGUGGUGGUGAUGGUGUGAUGUCACCAAUAAGGCAUCUACCAAGCCACCAGUACCAGAUCUUCUAAAGGACGUCUUAGUUAAAGUGGAAUGCAUCUAAGAAGCGGAAUCGAACUGACAGAUGGUUGCUCAAGUGAAAGAUCCUUGGAUUGUGAUAAGUGCAGUUCCAAGGGAGAUUCUUUGAUUAGCUCUUCGGUUUCUGUUCCAAGGAAGCGUAAUAGAAUUGUUAGUCGCUGUCCGCACGAUCGCAGCUUGACUGAUGGGUUCUCAGGUG